AUGUUUGUGGAGUCAGUUGUUCGAUGGGGGGCGUUGAGUAUCUUGCUCCAGUUUGGACUCGGCGUAUCUGCAGGAGGCUGUCCUCCACGCUGUCUGUGUCGACCGGAGGCUAAAGAAGUCAUCUGCUCUGGCAAACAUUUAAAUUCAGUGCCAGAGGGCUUUUCCAGUGAUGCCAGACGUUUGGAUUUAUCCUACAAUAAGAUUAAGACUGUGGGACGCCGCCAGUUCUCUGGCCUCCUGCAACUUCAAGAGUUGGACCUCAGUGAUAACAUAAUCUCUAUGAUUGAGGUAGAGGCUUUCCAGGGCCUACAGAGUCUCAGGACACUUCGGAUUAAGAAUAACCGUCUCAAGAUCAUCCCAGUUGGGGUGUUUUCCGGUCUGUCCGGUCUGCGUUUUUUGGAUUUGAGCCAGAAUGAGAUUCUGGUUUUCCUGGACUACACCUUUAAAGAAAUGGUAAACCUGCAAACACUGGAGGCUGGGGAGAAUGACUUGGUCUUCAUUUCCCAGCGGGCUUUCUUUGGUCUGCAGAAUCUGCAGGAGCUCAAUAUAGAUCGCAGCAACCUGACCUCCAUUCCCACUGAGGCAUUGUCCCAGCUCCAGAGUCUGACACGUCUACGCAUGCAACGCCUCACCAUUUCUACCCUGCCCAACAAUGCUUUCAGACGGCUCCACCGUCUGCGCAGCCUCCUGAUCACAAACUGGCCAGCACUGGACACUAUGGCUGGCAACAGCCUAAUUGGUCUCAAUUUGACUUCGCUUGUCAUUAGUAGUUGCAACCUUAGCGCAGUUCCUUACUCAGCACUUCGUCACUUGGUGUAUCUACGCUUCCUAGACCUGUCCUACAACCCCAUCACUGUUAUCCAAGGUAACCUGUUAGGGGACCUACUGAGACUCCAGGAGUUACACCUAGCAGGGGGGAGCCUGCUACGAAUAGAGCCGGGAGCCUUCAGGGGAUUGGCCUACUUUCGUAUGCUCAAUGUGACGUCCAAUCAGCUCACGACUUUGGAGGAGAGCGCCUUCCACUCUGUGGGGAACCUUCAGGUGUUGCGGUUAGAUGGGAAUCCCCUAGCAUGUGACUGUCGACUUCUCUGGGUGGUUCGUCGCAGAUUGCGCUUGAACUUUGAUGGACAUCAACCUACUUGUUCCUCUCCUGAUGCGGUGAGGCAGCGUGAAUUCAGAGACUUCUCAGAGAAGGAACUCCCAAAGCUGUUCACCUGCCGCCCUGCUCGCAUCAUGGACCGCAGGCCGCAGGAGGCAAGAGUAGAGGAGGGCACUACGGUUCUUUUUUCCUGCAAGGCCGAUGGGGAUCCAUCCCCAUCUAUCUCCUGGAUUUCAUCCCAUAAGAAUGUGGUUUCUCCAACAGGAAGGAUCAGAGUUUUACCAAAUGGGACUCUAGAAGUGCGUUUUGCCCAAGUUCAGGACAGCGGCACAUACCAGUGCCUGGCCGGCAAUGCAGCUGGUAACGACAGCCUGACUGUUGGCUUGUAUGUGAAGGGCCUCCCGCGUAACCGAACCAUCCCUUUCUUCACAGAGGAGGGCUGGGUAGAGCCUUCCAAUUCCCAAGCUGCCAACUCCUCAGCUCAAAUGGCCAAGCCAUACCCGUUUGAUGCAAAGACCCUAAUCAUCGCCACCACCAUGGGCUUCCUGUCUUUCCUCAGCUCGGUGGCCAUCUGUUUUGUCUUCAUGUUUUUCUGGAGCCAGAGCAAAGGUCAGAUCAAGCACACAGCAACUAUUGACUUUGUUCCUCGGUCUUCCAUGGGCGGAGGAGGAGGGGACGGAGGCGAUGGUGGCAGGUUUACCAUGAAACUGAUUUAAAGUCAGUGAAAAGGUAAAAGGGGGUCUUCAUAUUGAGCUCCUCUGCACUAUGGACUUCCACUGGGACACAGAGAGACGGAGACCUCUGUUCAAAGGCCCCUUUAGAAGUCAAAUCAGAGCCAGUUUGUUGCACUUGUGCCAGUCCUCUUCUAAUUUUAGAGCCGAAAGUUACAUCUCAGCAACCACUUGGCCGUGUUGUCCAACUAAUGAAUUUCUCAUGAUCCCGGAAUAGAAAGAUGUUAACAGAUUGUGGGCAGAGUUGUCUCUCACGAUCGACUGUGCGUUUGUUCUCGACCACUUGUACUUUUAAUAAGCAAACACUUACCUAACGCAGGUGACUUUUUUUUAAUGUAGCAUGUAAUUAUAAACCUGUUUUAAUUGUCACAGAUUUAACACAUGAAGACAGUUUGAAUUCGACACAGUUAUCACACUUUCAAGACAGACCCGGUGCUUGUUUGAUCAUCCACAUUUGUCUUCACUUGCCAAUACAAGCCAAGUAAACAUUUGCCCUUUGCUGUUUCUGCUUGAAGACUGUCGGUUCCGGACCGGUCGUUGGACUCUUCAAUGUGAAUAUGUGACUAUAAAGCUUUUGACAUGUGCAAUAAAGAUUUGGAAUAGAUUAGCCAAAUAAUUUCUCAACUUAACGGUUAAAAGUUUGGAUAUUUUAGAGCUUUGUAGUAUGUUUUGAGGCACUGGAAAUGUGGUUUUUUUUGUUUUGUUGUGAGUACUACUUACUUUAAACGUAGCAGUGUAAAGGGACUGAUAGUUACCCAUAAUGUACAUAGGAAUGUAUGCUCUCCCAUUUCAUACUUUAAAACAGAUCCGUCUGAUCUUUCUUUUCUUAACUUACUAUACGAUUACUUUACUCUUUGCUGUGUCAGAAGAUGCUAUGAUUUCUCUUUUUUUUUUAUAUUCACACAACACACUGAACAACAUGUGCCUCGGUAAACACUCUCACCAUCGACAGAGAGAAUGCUCACCUGAUCAAUGCUACCUUGUAAAUAUUUAGGUCAAGGGCGUUUGAGUGUGUGUGCUCGGUUUAUUCUAUCAUUUUAUCUAGUUCUGGGGAUUAGUGUCACUCAAACACGGCACUCUUGUUGCGUGUAAACUUAGCUGUGUAGAUGCACUACGCACAAAGCAACGCUUCAUAUCGCCAGGAGAGGAGGAUGUAAAUGAUGCACACGUACACCACUGACUCGUUUGUUAUUUGCAAUCUUGUAAAUGAUUUUUUUUUUUCAUUUUAUGUCAUUAAAUGCCGAUAUGUAAACCUG